AUGUCUCGCAUCCCUCUAUCUCUCGUGUUCUCUCUGGCUCUGGCGAGCCUUGGUCAGGCGCAGGUCGCCUGCAACCUUGCAGGCCUAUACGCUCGACUUCUCGACGAUACAGCACUUGCAAACACGUUUUGUGCCGAGUUCAGAGACGAGACUGUUAACUCAAAGAACUUUUUGAUUCAGUUCGGUACGAAUUGCGAGGCGUAUAGAGAAGAAAUCAGCAUGGGGUGCUGGUUGUUCGGUACCACAACGCACAUGAGCCCACGAAUUACUCCCACGGUGACGGUGACGGUGUCUGAGACAGUCACGGACAUCCGAAGCGCUGGACUUUGUACCCCAUCGGUCAAGAUGGUGACUGUGUCUGAGACCGUCACGGACGUCCGAAGUGCUGGAAUUUGUACACCAUCGGUCCAAACCGUGACGGUGUCCGAAUCUCAGCGACAACAACAGCCAACGGAUCUUCCUGUCGUUGAAUCGAGCGGUCUAUCCCUUCACGGACCGCAAGUACCCAUUGUCAUGGACAAGGAGAGCACCCCUGACCCUCUCCACGCGGCAUCGAGCUUCCUCACAACACCUACGAUGAGCCCUUACUCUACGCUGACGCCAGCAUCCGUCGUUAUACCAUUAUCCUCCGUGCUCACCACAACGUUGAGCACAGUUUAUCAGUCCUCCAUAUCCUCACUGGCGCCUCAAGCCCCAACGUUGUCGACGGAGAGGUAUGCUGUUGUGGCACCGUCACCUUCCGUCAUCGAUCGGCACGUAUUCAGCCCGCUGGGUGAUUUGGUCAUCGACGAGGCAUCUUCUGCAGUUCUUGGAGCCUUGGCUAUCCCCCACGACGCAAAGUCCGAAGCUGAUACAUCCAUGACCCUUGUGAAUCUGGCCGACGGAUCCACGGACACGUGCGUGCACAUAAAGGGCUCAUGGAGGCCCCUCUAUACCAACGCGGUUUACGAGUGUGUCGCAAAGACUCGGGCUCCAGACUUUGACACGUCCAACUACCCGAUCGCAUCUACUGGACUGAGUCUCACAGCUGCGGAUGGGUCGUCGUCAAUUACCAAUAGCCGCGCCUUUGGACCUCAAGCUGAGGGAGAUUACGAAGAGGCAGUCCUGUCCUUGUUUGUCACCAAGGACAAGACCUACACGGUGGAAUUUUGGGCUUGCGGGUCCGGCAAGACUCUGGUGAUUGGAGAGUUGAGCUGUACUUAUUAUGCCUAG